CUCAUGGCGGCAACAUCAACUGCUACCCUUCCAUUUUUCUCGCCUCCCACAACUAACCCUCAUAAACCCAACAAAACCCUUCAAUAUCCCAACUUUUUCAGACCCUGUUCUGCUCUCAAGAGAAACCCCAUCAGCCUUUGCAGGUCUGUAACUCAAAGGCAGAACCUUUACUUUGGCUCAAGAAUUUCUAAUGUGAGAGCUGUAGCACCAAAGCUUGCCCACAAAGGUUUGGCUGGUUCUGGGUUGAUGAGUGGUGGCAGCGAUUUUGAAACAGACGCGGAAUUGGAACAGAACAAUCUGAAUAAGGAUGCCACCAUUGAUUUACAACUCCCAAGAAGAAGCCUGCUUGUGAAGUUUACAUGUGAUUUGUGUAAUGAAAGAACAAGCAAACUAGUGAACCGAUUGGCCUAUGAAAAGGGGCUUAUUUAUGUGCAGUGUGCAGGGUGCCUGAAGUAUCAUAAGUUAGUUGAUAAUCUCGGCCUUGUCGUUGAGUAUGACUUAAGAGGGGAUAUGGAUUUGGACUCAAAUGCAGAUGAAGUUUAGUGUGCAUUUGAAUUCGUUGUGGUAUUCGAGUUACU